AUGGCCAAGACCCGCUCGAGCAAUUCGAGCACCUCCGACGCGGAUGAAGACCGAGUGACAGCGCCGAUCUUCACGCCAACGCUACCACCACGCCUCACGAGCACAUCGCACGCUGCUUUGGUGAAGUGGCGACGUGAACGCCGUGAAUACGAAGAGACGAUCCGUAGCCGAGCCAAGGACAGUGCUGCCGACCUGAUCGUUCCUGUCAAGAGCACUUUCGACGAGGGGUUACUACGCAUGUGGUGCCUGCUCCGUUGGAAGCUCUCAAUUGAUGAUGUCACUGACAGCCACAUUUUGGCUGAAGUUGACAAAAUCAUUGAUAGCGUCAAAAACAACGAUGUUCCAGACAUCGAUGUUGAGAUGCGCGAGCAACUCCGAAUGGAUUUAUCUGAAUCCGACGUUAGUGAAAGGGUAAUUCAGUACUUCAAGAAGUGUUACGAAAUUGUCGACGACCAUGGGUGGAGAGUUUUCUUCACUGGCUUGGAUGGAAGGAAACAAUUGUGCCGCAUUUUGAUCGCAUCACUCGAGCCCCAAGCGCUCCGUGAUGAAGUGGAGAGAGCUGUCCGUUUUCAAUCGCGCAAAGCGAAAGAAGACGAAGUUGCCCUUCACGACCUCAUCUUGACGAAAGCUCUCGACCAAGAAAAAGCUUUCCAGAGUCUUAAACGCUCAAAGCGCGACCGAGGAGAGCGUGAGACGGGACGCCCAUCAGCACGUGGUACCGGAAAUCCCCCGAACAAGAAGCAGCGAGUUGUCGAGACAAGCAAAGGUGGCCCGCGACCUCCUCUAAAGUCCGAAACGGACCGACCCAAGGUGCCACCGACACCGUGUCCGCACUGCAAUGACAUGCAUUGGCUCUCAGAGUGCCCUACGGCCACGGACGAUCAAAAGGCUGAGAUCCGCCGUAAGUUGCGAGCCCAGCGAGCCGACGACAGCAAACGCAAGUGGAGCAGAUAG